ACCCAUCCUUCCCUCUCCUGCUCUUCCUCUGCUCUCAGCUGCACAUCAGUUUGGGAAAUAAUAUUUGUAGCAGGCGCAGCCGGAGGAAACACACUGGAAACACUGGGGAAACAAGUGCGCCAGGGAAACAGGUUAAAUCCACUCCAGGACAUCAUCUCCACCCUGACAUCAUCCCAAUGUUCUUCUGAGAUCCACAAACCAGGAACCCUAUGGUAGUUCAGACCAAUCAAGUCCAAUCAAGAGAUGACCACCUCUCCUGCCUGUUUGCCCAGUCAAGGCAGUCGUCUCGGUCUCUGAAUAGUUUUUUUCCUGGCUGUUCCUCAGUGAAGUGAGAGCUCUCUCCAGCCCUGUCUGCUCCCUCUGGUUGCUUUUCUUCGUCUGUACUGAGCCAGGAUGAGUGAGUCACAGGAAGCGACAUCUCCUGUGGCUGGCAUCGGCGGUCCCGUCGCCUGUGUCACUAAAGUGGAGCUUCGUGUCUCUUGCAAGUCCCUGCUGGACCGAGACACGCUCAACAAGUCCGAUCCCUGCGUAAUGCUCAUGGUCCAGAGCCAAGGCCAGUGGACUGAGCUGGACCGCACAGAGGUGAUCAAGAGUAAUCUGAACCCAGUUUUCGCCAAGGUCCUCAUGCUGGACUACUACUUCGAGGAGGUGCAGAAGCUGCGCUUUGAGGUCUACGACAUUCACGGAACCCACAGCAUUGGGACUCGAGACGACGACUUCCUGGGUGGCGUUGAGUGCACACUUGGUCAGAUAGUGGCUCAGAAAAAGAUGGUGAAGCCUCUGUUGCUGAAAUAUGGAAAAUAUGCUGGAAAAUCUACCAUUACGAUUCAUGCUGAGGAGAUUUCUGGCAACAAUGGAUACGUGGAACUCUGCUUCUGUGCCAAGAAGCUGGACGAUAAGGAUCUCUUCAGCAAGUCUGACCCAUUCCUGGAGAUUUACCGGGUCAAUGAUGACGGAACAGAACAGCUUGUGCACCGGACUGAAGUGAUCAAGAACAACCUGAACCCGGUCUGGGAGCCGUUUAAAGUCUCCCUGAUCUCUCUAUGCAGCUGUGAUGAGGACAGGAAGUUGAGGUGCCUAGUGUGGGAUUAUGACUCCAGGGGGAAGCACGACUUCAUCGGCGAGUUCUACGCCACGUUUAAAGAGAUGCAGAAGGCGUCUGGAGGAAACAAGGUCACUUGGGAUUGCGUCAAUCCAAAGUACAAACUAAAGAAAAAGAACUACAAAAACUCUGGCCUGGUCAUCCUCACCGAUCUCAAGCUCCACAGACUCUACUCCUUCCUGGACUACAUCAUGGGAGGAUGCCAAAUACAUUUCACAGUUGCCAUAGAUUUUACAGCAUCAAACGGAGACCCCCGCAAUAGCUGCUCACUUCACUACAUCAACCCGUACCAGCCCAACGAAUAUCUGAAGGCUUUGAUAGCGGUGGGUGAGAUCUGCCAGGACUAUGACAGCGACAAAAGAUUCUCGGCUUUGGGCUUCGGCGCGAGAAUUCCACCCAAUUACGAGGUGUCACAUGACUUUGCCAUCAAUUUUAAUCCAGAUGAUGAUGAAUGUGAAGAAAUUCAGGGGGUGGUGGAAGCUUACCAGAACUGCCUGCCCAAGAUCCAGCUCUACGGCCCCACUAACGUGGCCCCCAUUAUCAGCAGAAUAGCCAAGCAGGCAGCCGGGAAGGAGCCCAUCAAAGACGCCUCGCGAUAUCACAUCCUGCUGAUCCUGACGGACGGGGUGGUGACGGACAUGGCGGACACGCGGGAGGCCAUCGUGCGCGCGUCUUACCAGCCCCUGUCCAUCAUCAUUGUGGGGGUGGGCAACGCCGACUUCACUGAUAUGCAAAUCCUGGACGGAGACGACGGCGUCCUGCGUUCCCCUAAAGGAGAACCCGUCCUGAGAGACAUCGUCCAGUUCGUGCCCUUCAGAGACUUCAAAACGGCCUCUCCUGCCGCCCUGGCGAAGUGUGUUCUGGCGGAGGUACCGAAGCAGGUGGUGGAGUACUUCAGUCACAAGGCCAUCCCUCCCAUGUGUCCUGUGCUGGAUUCUACCCCCAACUCCAUCGCCAACAGCCCAGAUUAACACUCCCAUCCUCAGCCCUGACCUCCGCUGGGUGCCUGCACACCUCCCCCUGUACCGGAGUGGAGGAGGAGGAGGAGGGCUGCCACGGAGGAAAAGCACCAUCACCAACAUCACAAACAAACAUAAAAAAAAAACAAAGAACACUACAUUGUUGUGCAGAUUGCCAUUUCUACCCCCCGUUCAUACAUACGGUGUUUACACAGACUGAAAUGAUGGGUUUUUGAGGUUCCUGGAUUUGGUGUUGCGGGGCUGGCACCGUGCCCGCUGGAGCCUUGCCCUCUCUCUCCGCCUGCUGUACAGGGCCAUUGCAUGAGGACGUUUUUUAGGCCAGUAAUCUGUGCA